CCCCCCGCGAGCUCGUGGCGGGGCGACGUGGCGGGGCGACGCGGCGUUGCGGGGAGGUGGAGCAGCCCACGGAGAGCUGCGUCCCCGCAGCCAGCGCAGGCGACAGCCGGAGCACGGCAGCUCCUCGGCCAAGCGGCUCCGCAUCCUCCGUGGGCAGAACAGCAUCGGAGCAUCCCACCGUGCCGGGGUAGGGGCUUCCCCCCCAGGUGGGGGGGUGUGGGGACACCCCCCAGCCAGCUUUGGGGUCCAGGGCAGGGGGGGGGUCCUUGCAAGUGGGGCGGUGGGGGCCGUGGCGGCAGGGUGAGGAUUAGCGGAGGCGUGCGGGGUGACCCCUGUGCAGAGCGGAGAUGCUGCCCUGGCGCCGGAGCAAGUUCGUGCUGGUGGAAAAUGAACGUAAGUGCAAAGGCAAGAGCCUGGGGCCGGGGCUGAGCUACGCCGCGCUGCUGGCCGGCUUCCUGCGCUCCUGCCCGGACCUGCUGCCCGACUGCCCGCUCGAGCGCCUGGGCAGCGUCUUCCGCGGCAAACGCCAGAAAGUGGAGCUGAACAAGGAGGACCCGACGUACACGGUGCGGUACCUGGGCAACGCCGUCACCCUGCACGCCAAGGGCGAGGGCUGCACGGAGGAGGCGGUGGGCAAGAUCUGGGCAAAGAGCGACUCGGGAGCCGGAGGGGCCAAGAUGAAGCUGACGUUGGGACCCCAAGGCAUCCGGAUGACCCCAUGCGAGAAGGGAGCCCGCCGGCCCGGCCAUGCGUACCUCCUGCACCGCAUCACCUACUGUGCCGCCGACCGCCGGCACCCCAAGGUCUUCGCCUGGGUUUACCGGCACCAGGUGAAGAACAAGGCGGUGGUGCUGCGCUGCCACGCUGUCUUGGUCUCCAAAGCCGACAAGGCGCGUGCCAUGGCCCUGCUCCUCUACCAGACCUCCGCCUCCGCCUUCAACGAGUUCAAGCGGCUCAAGAGGCAGAACGAUUUCCGCCAUGUCCAGCAGCAGCUCCUGGGCGACGCCAUUGUCCCCUUGGUGCCCCUCCGCAGGCUGCUCAACGCCAAGUGUCCCUACCGCCCGCCUGCCGAGAGGGCCCGCUGCGCCCCUCGCCUCAGCUCCAUCCUGGAGGAGGAGGAGGAGGAGGCCUUCAGCACCGGGGCACCCCGAGGGGACGGUGGUCCUGGCGAGCGUGCUGCCGUGCUGCGGCUGGCCAGGGAGAUGCGAGGGUGCAGCCUGCGUGGCCCCCGGCCCCCGGUGUGCUGAGCUGCAGUGGUGGGUCACUCCAUUCCAGGGGUGAGGUGCCCUCCUUACGCCCUGAGCUGAAGUCGGACCCUCCUCGGGGAUGAAUCUGGACAAGACGGUGGCCUCGCUUGCAAGGAAGACCCCUGGGGGGGUGGGUUUGCACACCGGGGACCCCCCCCGGCCACUGCACACAAACCUGCUCUCAUGCCUCCCCCGUGGCGGCCAUAAUAAAGUGUGUUUUCUGCGGUGUAACGGCGCCUGUGUCUCACCCAGACAGAGCCCUGGCAAACGGAAGAGGAAGAGUUAAGCCCAGCACGGAGGCAGGUUGGGGGGAUUCAUACCGAAUUUACCCCUCCAAAGAGAAGCUGAGGAGAGGGGGGGCUGCGGGGUCCCCAGCGUUUUCUGCACCCUCCCUGCGGCACCAAGGGCUGA